AUGGCUGCUCCAAUGUUUCGAAUGCCUUCUAUGGCAGUUGUGCGUCAUGCCCGCUGCUUCAGCUCUUCACCUCGCCAAUAUGCCGCCGCAGAGGUCAAGAAGCUUGGUGUUAUCGGUGCGGGUCAAAUGGGAUUGGGGAUUGCUCUUGUUGCAGCUCAAAAGGCUCAGGUUCCCGUUACUUUGAUCGAUACUUCAGACAAGGCUCUGGCCAAGGGCAUUGCCUUUGCUGAGAAACUCCUAGCAAAGGAUGUCUCAAAGUCAAGGAUCACACAGGAGCAGGCCGACAGCGCCCGUUCUCUUCUCAGUACAAGCACCAGAAUGGAAGACCUCUCCUCUGCAGACAUGGUUAUCGAGGCUGUUCCUGAGCUGCCCAAUCUCAAGUUUGACAUAUUUGGCAAGCUGGCUCAGAUCUGCCCCAAGCACGCUAUUCUCGCUACAAACACCUCUUCUAUCUCCAUCACCCGCAUCGCCGCUGCCACUACCAAGGAUCCCACUGAUACCUCAGCUUCCUCUCGCGUUGUGUCGACCCAUUUCAUGAACCCCGUCCCUGUACAGAAGGGCGUUGAGAUCAUCAGCGGCCUGCAGACUAGCCAGGACACUCUCGACACUGCCGUUGAGUUCUGCAAGCGCAUGGGCAAGAUCACUUCGGUGUCAGCCGACUCUCCUGGAUUCCUUGCCAAUCGCAUCCUCAUGCCUUAUAUUAACGAGGCGAUCAUUUGUCUUGAGACUGGUGUUGGAGACCGUGACUCCAUUGAUGCCAUCAUGAAGAACGGCACAAACGUGCCCAUGGGUCCUCUUCAGCUUGCUGAUUUCAUUGGUCUCGAUACAUGUCUCUCUAUCAUGAAGGUUCUGUAUGAGGAGACCGCUGACUCCAAAUACAGGCCGAGCGUGUUGUUGAAGAACAUGGUCAACGCUGGUUGGUAUGGUAAGAAGAGUGGCAAGGGCUUUUACGACUACUGA